AUGGGCGGCGGGGGAGACUACCACCACCAGCCACGGCAUUGUGUGGCGCUGUCGCUGUUCAUCCUGGUCUCGGCCACGCUGGCGUUACUUGCGUACGUCGCCUGCUCUCCGGUCCCGGGUGGCGCCGCCGCCGGUGGACUAUACCAGUGGUGGAGGUGGCAGGGUUCCGCUGGCACGUCGUCCGCCGAGCUCAUCCGGACCCACGUCGACGACGGCGCUAGGUCAGGCGUCGCUCGCACGCCGACGUCCCUGUCGCACAUCGUGUUUGGCAUCGGCGGCGCGGCUCGGACGUGGGGCCACCGUCGCGGGUACGUGGAGCUGUGGUGGCGGCCCGGGCAGACGCGCGGCCACGUCUGGCUCGACGAGGAGCCGGCGAGCCCGUGGCCAGCGGCCACGAGCCCGCCGUACCGCGUCUCGGCGGACGCGUCCCGGUUCGGGCGCCGGGCGUCGGCGUCGCGGAUGGCGAGGAUCGUCGCGGACUCCUUCGCGGCCGUCGUGACCGCGGCGAACGGCACAGUAGGGGAGGACGGCGGCGGCGAGGUGCGGUGGUUCGUGAUGGGCGACGACGACACGGUGUUCUUCCCGGACAACCUGGUGACGGUGCUCCGCAAGUACGACCACGAGGAGAUGUACUACGUCGGGGCGCCGUCGGAGAGCGUGGCGCAGGACGCGGCGCACUCGUACGGCAUGGCGUUCGGCGGCGGCGGGUUCGCGGUGAGCUACCCGGCAGCGGCGGAGCUCGCCAAGGCCUUCGACCGCGUCGACGGCGGCUGUCUCGACCGGUACAGGGACUUGUUCGGCAGCGACGAGCGCGUACAUGCCUGCCUCAGCGAGCUCGGCAUCCCGCUCACCCGCGAGCCGGGCUUCCACCAGCUGGAUUUCCGCGGCGACGCGUAUGGGUUCCUGGCGGCCCACCCGGUGGCGCCGCUGGUGUCGCUGCACCACCUGGACCUGAUCCAGCCCAUCAGCCCGCACGGGGGGACCUCGCUGGACGCCGUGCGGUCGCUGGUCGACGCAGCCCGGCACGACCCGGCCCGAACGCUGCAGCAGACCUUCUGCUACCACCACGACGACGGCGGCCGAACCUGGUCCGUCUCGGUCGCGUGGGGCUACACCGCGCAGGUGUACUCGUGGGCCGUUCCGGCCCACGAGCUGGAGGUCCCGCUGCAGACGUUCGAGUCCCUGAGGAAGACGACGGCCGACGGGCUGUUCGUGUUCAACACCCGGCCCUGGAGGCCUGCAGACAGCGCGUGCGCCCGGCCCUUGACCUUCUUCCUCAGCCGCGUCCGGAACGAGACGGCGGCGGCGGCGGCCACCGUGACGGAGUACACGAGGCACGCCGUCGGGAAGCCGCCGGAGAAGGAGUGCGACAUGCCUGGCUUCCGUUCGGCUACUGCUGUUCGGACGGUCAGGGUCCUAGCGCCCAAGAUGGACCCUAGAGACUGGCACCGGGAAUUGAGCGCUCCAAGCAUGUUUUCAGGCACCACGGCGGCAUUGCUGCGAGACCGAGAGGGAUGGGCCGGGCACGGUUCUGGAGGUGCGGAUACGGCGAGGCGGUGCGGUUCUCAUCUUCUCCAAACCGGCAAUACUAUUCCAAAUAACAUGGCCGUGUCGAUUGCAUAUACGGAGUAUUUACUAAUAGCAUAA